AUGAUUGGAUACCUCAAAUCGAAAUCUACUGUUUGUGAGGAACAUUUUAAGUCUAUUAUGUGGGAAACUAUAAACAAUAAAAGGAGGCUAAAAAAGGACGCAUUUCCAACUCUGUUUCCUAGUCUACCAGUUAGGAAAAGAAAAAGUGACGCUAUUUUUAUGAGAUCAGGGAAAACAAUUUCAUAUGCGCCACAAGAAAAUCCACCGCAUGUGACGACGAAGGAAUUAACAGAGGAAAAUUCACGUGAGCCACAUGAAAGUCCAAGAAAUCUGACUGCGGAAGAAAAGGUGAAAGGGAGUUCAUUGGAUGGAGUAAUGGCUGAUAAUGUAAUAGUUCUACUUCAGAAACAGGAACAAAAAAUCAAAGCUUUGAAAAUCAGACUCCAGAAAGCUCUUGAUGAAAAAAGGAAAUUGGAAAGAGAUGGACAUGCUAAUUUCAAAAACGUAUUAAUGUCUUUGUUUGUAGAGGAUCAAAUUCGAAAUUUAGUUAAGCUGCAGAGAGCCAAAGGAAAGCCAAGACCCAAGGCAUGGUCUAAUACAACAAUUAAAAAAGCAUUGCGUUUGAAAUUCACGUGUGGAAACACAGGUUAUGAUGAACUGCUUAGACAAGGAUUUCCCUAG